AUGGCUCGUCUGCUGCGCUCGCUGCAACGGGUUUUGGGCCUCGGUGCUUCAGGCGUACCAGCGGCUCCAGCUGCUGUCUCUCGCUCUCGAUCCAUUGAUACCGAUUUCACGAUCUUUCGAGAGGGGGACCGAGCUGUGCUUCAUACCAAGAACCCUUCUUUAACGAAGCCAUUAAAGCAUGGCGGAAAGACCAAUCUUCGUCGCGGCCAUCUCGAACACAGUCGCAUCAUUGGCAGCCGGGUGUGGGACGCUGUCCAAGCACAUAAAGGCCCCGACACUCGAUUGAGCCUGCCCACGCUCGACGAAUAUGUGACCCUUACUCCUCGCUAUGUGACACCAAUCUACCCGCACGAUGCCAACCUGAUUGUUUCCCUCCUUGAUAUACACGUCAAUCCACCGGUAUCCGGCGACAAACAGCCACCACUAGAGAUUCUCGAAUCUGGCACUGGACACGGGUCCUUGACGCUCCACUUGGCUCGAGCCUUGCACGCCGCCAACACAAUCCCACCGCCUCGACCAUCACAAUCCCAAAUCCAAUACGUAUCGAAUCGAAACCGAAAUCCCAAAGAGCAGGAAUCGCCGGAAAGGGAGCAUGAAGGGACUGCAGACGCUGAGGCCCAACGGGAAUGGGACGCAUGGCGAACAGAGCGAGGGGCCGUAAUCCACACCGUGGACGUCUCUUCGAAAUUCGCCAAACUAGCCGAGCAGAACGUCCAGGGCUUCCGCCGGGGUAUAUACGGAGGCACAGUUGACUUUUACGUCGGAGCCGUGGAAGAAUGGAUCAACGAGCAAGUCGCUCGGCGGGCUGCAAAGCGCCCGGUCGAGCCCUUCUUGACUUGCGCGAUUCUGGACAUGCCGUCUGCCCACGAGCGGAUCCCACUCGUAAAAGAUAUUAUCAAACGAGACGGGCGGCUGGUUGUCUUUGCGCCUAGCAUCACCCAGAUCGGGGACUGCGUAAGAACAAUCCAUGAGAUGGACCGCGCCUUUGUCAUGGAGAGAGUGGUCGAAUUGGGGACCGGUGUGAGCGGUGGCCGGAACUGGGAUGUUCGUCUGGCCGUGAAGAAGUCUGCCUCUGAUCCCUCGACUUGGAAUGCGACGGAAAGCGAGGAAACCCGGGAUGCGGACCCAGAGGAAGCCUCCGAAGCCGAGGACACGAACGAGAUUUCGAGUGCCAUGGAUGCUCCAAGUCGCGCCGUCGAUGAAAACGCCGUGAUGGUCUGCCGCCCUAAAGUUGGCUUGCGGACGCUUGGUGGAGGUUUUGUUGGCGUCUGGCGACGCAUUGAGGACUCCCGAUGA